AUGGCGACUGAUUCGAUAUCCUUUGAUGAGGAAGAAACUGACAUAUACGCUGAGCAGGGUGACUCUCAACCUACUCCACGUAGUCGAGUCUGUGCAUUCUUAAAGCAGCAUUCCUCUUACGAUGUCUUACCUGUCAGCUAUAGGAUUAUAGUGCUUGACACCUCACUACUCGUUAAAAAGGCGUUGACAGCACUAAUGCAAAACGGAAUAGUUUCUGUACCAUUAUGGGAUUCGACAAGGCAGAAGUUUGCUGGUAUGCUGACGGUCUCCGAUUUCUUAAACUUGAUACAAUAUUAUUAUGAGCGUUCUUCGCACUCGGCAGCGUUGGAGGAAAUAGAGCAGUGUCAGAUACAACAAUUCAGAGAUAUUGAAAGGAAAAUCGGCCUACCUCCACCUCAAAUGCUUUCUAUACAUCCGCUCAAGUCAUUGUAUGAAGCAUGCAAACUGUUGGUAGAGGCACGUGCUCAUAGAUUACCACUAGUGGACGUCGAUUCAGACACUGGGCAAGAAAUGAUCGUAUCUGUACUUACGCAGUAUCGAAUUCUAAAAUUUAUAGCCGUAAAUUGCACAGAGAUCAAACUUCUACGUAAGCCGUUAUCAGAAAUUAAGAUUGGAGUCUACGAAAAUCUUGCAACGGCCAGGCUUUCAACUACAGUAAUUGACGUAAUCAGUAUGUUUGUAGAAAAACGAAUAUCAUCUGUGCCUAUAUUGGACGAACAUGGAGUGGUAAUAAAUGUUUAUGAAACGGUGGAUGUAAUGACAUUAAUUCGUUCGGGGGCAUACUAUGGACUUAAUCUACCAGUUGGAGAGGCAAUGCUAAGGCGAACAGAAGAUUUCCCGGGUGUACAUACAUGCACUUUGAAUGAUAAUUUACAUUCUAUAUUUGAGCUGAUACGAGCAAAACCUGUAUAUCGCCUUAUCGUGGUAGAUUCGGAAAAGAAGCUAAAGGGCAUAGUUUCAUUAUCAGAUAUAAUGCGAUACUUGGUGACUUAG